GGACGAAUACAGGUGCUCCAACAUGACUCGCAUAUUCAUGGUAACAAUAAGUCUGGUCCUAUUCCUUCUCGGCUCCCUCUUUCUUGUCAUGCUGAUGUACGAUUUGGACGUUCUUAAACCCUCGCCACGGCCCUCAGAGAGACUUUACUCUGAGGAUGGUGAAGUCCACUUCGUACCAACACCUUCCGGAUUCAUUUGUCGUACAUUGGGACGAGAGUCUAUCAUCGGGACCUGAGACAAGAGGGGUUCAUGAAGUAAUAGAGCGG